AUGGGGAACCGGGAGAUGGAGGAGCUGAUCCCGCUGGUGAACCGUCUGCAGGACGCCUUCUCGGCGCUGGGACAGAGCUGCCUGCUGGAGCUGCCGCAGAUCGCCGUGGUGGGCGGCCAGAGCGCCGGCAAGAGCUCGGUGCUCGAGAACUUCGUGGGCAGGGAUUUCUUUCCAAUUGGGAGUGGAGUGGUGUCGAGAAGACCAUAUAUACUGAGGAUUCACUGGAGCAAGACUGAGUAUGCUGAAUUUCUACAUUGCAAAGGAAAAAAGUUUACAGAUUUUGAUGAAGUUCGCCAUGAGAUUGAAGCAGAAACAGAUCGAGUGACUGGAAUGAAUAAAGGCAUUUCCUCCAUACCCAUUAAUUUACGAGUCUAUUCUCCACAUGUGUUAAAUCUCACACUUAUCGACCUACCUGGAAUUACUAAAGUGCCCGUGGGAGAUCAGCCACCAGAUAUUGAGUAUCAGAUCAGAGAAAUGAUUAUGCAGUUCAUCACGCGGGAGAACUGUCUCAUUUUGGCUGUUACUCCAGCCAACACCGAUCUUGCAAACUCAGAUGCAUUGAAGCUAGCUAAAGAAGUUGAUCCUCAAGGUUUAAGAACCAUUGGAGUCAUCACCAAAUUGGAUCUUAUGGAUGAAGGAACAGAUGCCAGGGAUGUUCUGGAGAACAAGCUUCUGCCUCUUCGCAGGGGUUACGUGGGGGUGGUAAACAGAAGCCAGAAGGACAUAGAUGGGAAGAAGGACAUUAAGGCUGCCAUGUUGGCGGAAAGGAAAUUUUUCCUCUCACACCCAGCUUACAGACAUAUUGCUGAUAGGAUGGGGACCCCACACCUGCAGAAGGUCCUUAAUCAGCAACUUACCAACCACAUUCGAGAUACCCUGCCGAACUUCAGGAACAAACUACAGGGACAGUUGCUCUCCAUUGAACAUGAAGUGGAAGCCCAUAAAAACUUCAAGCCCGAAGACCCCACCAGGAAGACCAAAGCGUUGUUGCAGAUGGUUCAGCAAUUUGCUGUGGACUUCGAGAAGAGAAUUGAAGGGUCAGGGGAUCAAGUAGAUACGCUGGAGCUCUCAGGAGGGGCUAAAAUUAACCGUAUUUUCCAUGAACGCUUUCCUUUUGAGAUAGUAAAGAUGGAGUUCAAUGAGAAAGAAUUACGAAGAGAAAUAAGCUAUGCAAUCAAAAACAUACAUGGUAUCAGGACGGGGUUGUUUACUCCAGACAUGGCAUUUGAAGCAAUAGUCAAAAAACAAAUUGUAAAGCUUAAAGGACCGUCCUUGAAGAGUGUAGAUCUGGUAAUACAAGAAUUAAUCAAUACCGUCAAGAAGUGUACCAAAAAACUGGCAAACUUCCCCAGACUCUGCGAGGAAACAGAAAGGAUUGUUGCCAACCAUAUUCGCGAGCGAGAAGGGAAGACAAAGGACCAGGUACUGCUACUGAUUGACAUCCAAGUCUCUUACAUCAACACCAACCACGAAGAUUUCAUUGGAUUUGCAAAUGCUCAGCAGAGGAGCAGUCAGGUUCACAAGAAAAACACAAUUGGAAAUCAGGUGAUUCGUAAGGGAUGGUUAACCAUCAGCAACAUUGGCAUCAUGAAAGGCGGCUCUAAGGGAUACUGGUUCGUCCUUACUGCUGAAAGCUUGUCCUGGUACAAAGAUGACGAGGAAAAAGAAAAGAAGUAUAUGCUUCCCUUGGACAACCUGAAAGUUCGGGAUGUGGAAAAAAGCUUUAUGUCUAGCAAGCACAUCUUUGCACUUUUUAAUACAGAACAAAGGAAUGUAUACAAAGACUAUCGCUUCCUUGAGCUGGCAUGUGACUCACAGGAGGAUGUGGACAGCUGGAAGGCAUCUCUACUAAGAGCUGGGGUUUAUCCUGAUAAAUCUUUAACUGAAAAUGAUGAUAAUGGCCAGGCAGAAAACUUUUCCAUGGACCCACAGUUGGAGAGGCAAGUGGAGACCAUUCGCAACCUCGUAGACUCCUACAUGUCUAUCAUCAACAAAUGUAUCCGAGAUCUAAUUCCAAAAACAAUAAUGCACCUUAUGAUCAACAAUGUUAAAGAUUUCAUCAAUUCGGAGCUCCUAGCACAGUUAUAUUCUUCGGAGGACCAGAACACUCUGAUGGAGGAAUCUGCUGAACAGGCGCAGCGCCGGGAUGAGAUGCUUCGAAUGUACCAAGCCCUUAAAGAGGCCCUGGUGAUCAUUGGUGACAUCAACACCGCCACCACUUUCACUCCUGCACCGCCUCCUGUGGAUGACUCCUGGAUACAGCACUCCCGCAGGUCACCCCCUCCGAGCCCCACCACCCAGAGGCGGCUGACCCUGAGCGGUCCCCUCACGCGGCCCGCAUCCGGCAGAGGGCCCGCGCCGGCCAUUCCCUCUCCCGGACCCCACUCGGGGGCGCCCCCCGUGCCCUUCCGGCCCGGCCCGCUGCCCCCCUUCCCCAGCAGCAGCAGCGACUGGUCCGGAGCGCCCCCGCAAGUGCCCUCCCGGCCCACCAGGGCCCCGCCCAGUGUCCCCAGGAAACUUCAGAUGGACUGGGAAAGUGUGUGCCAUUGUGCCAGGAAGGUAUGGACGCCACUGGGCAAGGGCGUUGAGAGUGGGAAGGCAGGAGUCCCAUAA